UCUACCUACUACUUAGAGUAUCAGCUCGAUCAUCGGUAUUAUUAUCACUGUCGGUCGUCGCCGUCCUCCCACUGCCCACAUCUCGCACUUGCCGUUCAGACUUCAGAGCGCUAUGGCCACGCAGGAGACGUCGGCGCUGUUGGCAGCGGACGGCGAGCAUGACCAUCCCACGCUGCACACGCACAACGUGGCCGAGGUGACCCCGACUCUGCCGCUGGAGACGCGGUGGCCGCCGUUCGCGCACCGCCAGUACCGUGGGUUCUGGGUGCCCGAGCGGUUCCUGCCGGCGCUCGCGGCCUUCUACGACCAAUUCGAGCCGGCUCCCGGCGAUGUGCUCCUGGUCACCUGCCCCAAGUCCGGCACCACGUGGCUCAAGGCACUUGCCUUUGCCACCGCGCACCGCGCUACCCACGCGCCGUCGUCCGCCGACCACCCACUCCUCGGCCGCAACCCGCACGGCUGCGUCAGAUUCCUGGAAGGCGUCUUCUGCGGCCGCUCCGUUGAGGAGGUGCGCGACGUCCUCGCCGCGGCCUGCCCAUCCCCGCCGCGCGUCCUCGCCACCCACUGGGCCUACUCUCAGCUGCCGGAGCGCGUCACCCGCGUUAGCCGGAUCGUGUACAUCUGCCGGGACCCCAAGGACGUGCUGGUGUCGUGGUACUGGUUCCUGAAGAAGCUAGUCGCCCACAACGGCGCCGGCGACGACCAGCCCAAGGAUCUGGACUUCGCCGAGCUGUUCGAAGUGUUCUGCGCGGGCCGCAACGGGUCCGGGCCGAUGUGGCGGCAGGCGGCCGAGUACUGGGAGGCGAGCAGGGAUCGCCCGGACAAGGUGCUCUUCCUGAGGUACGAGGAGAUGCUGCGCGAUCCGUCGGGCAACGUCCGGAAGCUGGCGCGGUUUCUAGGGUGCCCGUUCACGGCGGAGGAGGAAGACGCCGGCGUGGUGGGCGCCAUCCUUGAGCUGUGCAGCCUGGAGAAGCUGAGGAACCUGGAGGUCAACAGGAACGGCGCGCCGGCACUGGCCGUGUCAAACGACGCCUUCUUCAGGAAGGGCGUGGUCGGCGACUGGCGCAGCCAUAUGACGCCGGCCAUGGCGGCCAGGCUGGAUGGCAUCGUCGACGAGGCCCUGCGAGGCACGGGCUUAUCGUUCGUCAACUCUGGUCACGGGGAAGAAGGCGCUGCGCCGUAGACACUUUGCAGGCAUGCAUGACGCGACGCGGUUCACAUCUGUUGUGCUUGUACCUGCACCUCAAACCAAAAAAAAAAACAUCUGUUGUACUUGCGGAUUGACCGACUGAAUCAAGCACGAGUAAUAAUCUACUGUACGUGCGAAACAAAAUGGUAAUAUUCAAGCAUAUAUUCCUUAAUCAUCAAUCUUUAGGUUUGAAAACAUGUGGAUGGAUUUCCCCGCAAAGAAAAAAACAUGGAUGGAGUAUGAUCAUUUGUGAUUGGGUAAUUAUACAAAUCUCCACGCAAGAUCAAAGAAAUAUAGCAACGAACUGAGACUUGGCAAAACUGUUUGUGAUUUAUGGUGUGCCCGUGUGGUCAUGAGCCGGUGAGCUAGCUAGCUCCGGCUGGAUGCGCGCGUAAGCUCCGGCGUGCUGAGCUAGCUAGCUCAGUAGCAGAGUCUGGUCUGCUGUGUGGAUGCGUCCGUGGGCUUGCUCCGAGCCUCGGAUGGGUCGCAGCCCGGCAGAGUCGCAGUGCGUGGAUAGCUCAGGUACACGGGGAAUUAAGAACGAAAUAUGCAGUCAAUGACAUGUAAGUCCCAUGCGGAAAGAAUAGUUGAAAAUUGAAAUAUGGCGAAUCUGGCAUUGCACGCAACCGAGUCAGUCUUUAUAUUUUGGAUCUUUUUGGGACUGGCUACUGGUCAGUUGCCUGAUUUUGGGAAAUGGUCAGUCGAUUCCUAACCAAUCGACUGAACCAAAAUUGUGGUCGGCCAAUUUCAGUGUUAUAGCACACCUUAAGUCUUUUUGCAUACAAAACAAACAGGAGCUCACAAGACUUCGUGGGCCCAAUGCAAAACAAUUGCCCGCUGAUAAACAAAAACAAAAAUAAAAAUAGAGAAAAACAAGAAAAAAAGCACAUAACUUACACAAAAAUUGCACAUUUGUACGAUAUGCAAAAAUAAGCAUAUAGGAGUGGAAUUUAUGCAAAAAAGAAAUUUUGUAAGAAGUAAUGAAUUAUUUAUUUUAUAUUUGCAAUCUCACGCAUGUAUAUUUAGUUUCAUAGAUGCAUACAAUACAUAUAUGCAUACAUAUAUAUCAAAAAUGUAUUAUUACGAUGAAAAAUAAGCAUACACUAGUGAGAUUUGCGCAAAAAUAGUGUUUUCCAAAAACUAAUGGAUUAGUGACAUCGGUAUUACCUUUACAAAAUAAAAUAAAAUGAAAACUAAAAAAAUCUAAAAUAAUAAACUAGUGGCAUUGCCAUUUGAUUCAUGGUGUCUCUACUUCACCGGAUCAAAAUAAUGAAUAUCGGUAUUACCGUUUAAGAUGAAAGAAAAGUAAAAACACAAUAAUGACAGAAUUUGUACACGGUUUGAAUAUAAAUUGCGCUUUUUAUAAUAUGAAAUAAUAAGCACAAAUAGUGAAAUUUCACAAAAAAUGUCCUAAGUAGGAAUGAAUUAGAGGUAUUGCUAUUACGUACCCUUAAAGAUAAAGAAAAAUAAAAUAAAAACUUAAACAAAAUUAAAAUAGUGAAGUUUUCUAAGAAACAAUGAAUUAGUGUCAUUGGUUUACAGUUAAGAAUAAAGGAACUGAAAAUAAUAAAACGAAUAAUGAAAUAUUUUGUAAACAAUUUGCACAGAAGUUGCACAUUUUUAGUGCACAUAAAAUCUUGAAUUUUUGGCACAUAUUAUAUAGUAUUUGUUUGUAUAUAGUUACACUCAGCCAAAAAACCACAAAAAACCAAAAUAACCAAUAAAGGAAAGAAAGAGGGAAAAAGAAAAACCCCAUAGAAACAGAAAACAGAAAUAAAAAAUGAAGCAAAAAUACCCUCAAAUAGGAAAGAAAAUGAUAUCAAAAAGUAAAACUAAAUAUUGACAAAAUUUGCACACAAUCUGCACAUAAAUUGUACUUUAUUAUAAUAAGCAAGAAUAAACACAUAAUAGUGAACUUUUUCGCAAAAAGAAAAUUUUCUAAAGAAAGAAUGAAUUAGUGGCAUUGGUAUUUGAUUCAUUGUGUCUACUUCCCCGGAUCAAAAUAAUGAAUUAGUGGUAUGGGUAUUACCGUUUAAUAAGAAAGAAAAAUAAAAAAACAAUAAUGACAAAAUUUGCAAACAUUUUGACUAGAAAUUGAGCUUUUUUCUAAAAUGCAAGAAUAAGCACAAAUGGGGAAAUUUCACAAACGAAAUCCGAAGUGGGAAUGAAUUAAAGGUAUUGGUAUUACCCUUAAAGAAUAAAGAAAAAAACAGUGAAGUUUUCUAAGAAACAAUGAAUUAGUGUCAUUGGUCUCCCAUUAAGACGAAAGGAAUUGAAAAUAAUUAAGCAAAUGAUGAAGUAUUUUGCAAACGAUUCGCACAUAAGUUGCACAUUUUUAAAAUAUGCAGGAAUAAGAAUAUAAUAGUGUAAUUUUCACAAAAAAAGAAGUUUCCUGAGAAGAAAUGAAUUUGAGGCGUUGGUAUUAUCAUUAAAGAAGAAAGGAAAUAAAAUAAUACUAACAAACUAAAAUACCUAAGUUUUCAAGAAAGAAUGAAUUAGUGGCUUAGGUAUUACUCUUUAACAAAAAAUAAAAUGAAAUAGAAACUAGAACAAAAUACAAAUAAUAAGGUUUUCUAAGGAAGAAUGAAUUAUUAAAAUUGGUAUUACCCUUUAAGAAGAAAAAAUAAAAUAGAAACUAAAACAAAAUCAAUGGUUUCAAGGGGCACGCUCACGAGAAAAAAAACUAAAACAAAAUAUAAAAAUAAAAUAAUAAGUUUUUUAAGACAGAAUAAAUUAAUGUCAUUUGUUUUACACUUUAAGAAAAAAUAC